UAUAACGCAUUAACUUCAAGAUUCCCAAAUUCCUUUUUCAAGAAUUGGGUGCAAAUGGAGCAGUGUUCCUUUACACAAACAGAGGCACAAGAAGGUAGAGUUGACUUCUCUAAUAUCUCUCUUCGGUCAUUGGGUCUCUCUGAUAUAGAUGAUUUCAUGGUUUGGGCUGCAGAUGAGAAAGUGGCUCAUUUUUGCAGCUGGGAGCCUUAUACUAGCAAAGAAGAUGGCUUAAACUACAUGAAAAAGACUGUUUUACCCCAUCCAUGGAUUAUGGCAAUAUGUCUUAACAACACGCCAAUUGGUGCAAUUUCUGUGACAAAAAAUUCAGGUAGUGAUAUAUGCAGAGGUGAACUUGGCUAUGUUCUGGCUUCUAAAUACUGGGGCAAGGGAAUUGCAACAAAGGCAGUGAAAAUGGUGGCCGAGACUAUAUUUAGUGAGCGGCCAGAACUGGAGAGACUUGAAGCUUUGGUAGAUGUACAAAAUGUGGGUUCACAAAAAGUGCUUGAGAAAGUCGGGUUUAAGAGAGAAGGUGUUCUAAGAAAGUAUUUUAUUCGAAAGGGUAGGUCUAGAGAUAUGGUGAUGUUUAGUCUUCUUUCUACUGAUCCUGUAAUUUGAUUGCAUAUCUGCGUGUUAUGCGAUUUAAUCAAAAUUAAUGCAGUGUAUUCUGUCGCCAAAAUUGUCAAAUGUAACAGAUGAAUCUCCAUAUGCUUUUCGUUUUGCUUUGAUCA